GCACAUAUCAGAAGAUACGAGAUGGAAACAUUGGUAGAUUUAUCCAAAUGGAUUACUGGAGAAGUUCCAGAAUUCGUUCCUUUUCUCAAACCUGAUUUGGCCCCAAAAUCGGCAAUAAAAAAUGAUGAAAAGGUUUCUGAUGAAGAAAUGACCAAUCUUACCAAAAAACAAUUUAAAUUACAUUACUAUACUAUGGCGAAUGCCAGCAACAAUAAAAAGAUGCCCAUGUACCAAAAUAUUAGGUCUAAAAGCGAUGUCAUGCAUAAUUUAUUAGCUUCAACACCGGAAAUACCAGUUGCCCGCCUUCAAACGAACCUAGAGGAUACACGACGCAAAGCGUAUUUCAAUGAUCUUUCGAUUCACAAUGGAAUUGGCUAA